UAUCUCGGAGCCGUUGAGUCGGUUCCUGCUAUUCCGGCGCCUCCACUCCGUCCCCAACGGGUCUCUUGUGUGUGCAAUGGACGGCAUCGUUCCAGACAUAGCAGUUGGUACAAAGCGGGGAUCUGAAGAGCUCUUCUCUGCCUGCGUCACCAACGGGCCCUUUAUCAUGAGCAGCAACUCCGCGUCUGCAGCCAACGGGAACGACACCAAGAAGUUCAAAGGUGACAGCCGGAGCUCGGGUGCCCCUUCUCGCGUGGUGCAUGUCCGCAAGCUGCCAGGCGAUGUCACCGAGGGGGAGGUCAUCUCCCUGGGGCUGCCCUUCGGGAAGGUGACCAACCUGCUGAUGCUGAAGGGGAAGAACCAGGCCUUCAUCGAGAUGAACACGGAGGAGGCGGCCAACACCAUGGUGAAUUACUACAGAGUCACGCCCCAAAGCCUCUUUAUUCUCUUCGGCGUGUACGGGGACGUGCAGCGCGUGAAGGUCCUGUUCAAUAAGAAGGAGAACGCCCUGGUGCAGAUGGCCGAUGGCAGCCAGGCCCAGCUGGCCAUGAGCCACCUGAACGGACACAAGCUGCACGGGAAGCCCGUGCGCAUCACGCUGUCCAAGCACCAGAACGUGCAGCUGCCCCGAGAGGGCCAGGAGGACCAGGGCCUGACCAAGGACUACGGCAACUCGCCACUGCACCGCUUCAAGAAACCCGGCUCCAAGAACUUCCAGAACAUCUUCCCGCCCUCCGCCACCCUGCACCUCUCCAACAUCCCG